AUGGGGGCCCUGAGAGAAGCCAGGCCUUGGGCUUGCUGCUGCCUGCUCUUGAUGCUAGGAGAACUGGCUCCCCCCACCGCUGCUCAGUGGUUUGACCUCUUCGGGGAAGGCACAGAGGAGGCCAUGACCAGUGAGACACCCGCAUCCCCCCCAGGUCUGGCAUCCGUGGUACAGCCGACAGAGAAGAUGAUCCUGAGCCUGCCGCCUCUUUGGAAUACCCCCGACCCUCUUGUGGAGGAGAUGCCCACCUCUCGCGCUGCCCCAGAGGUAGCCUCACCAGCGGACUCAAAGAAACUGUCUCCGCCCAUCACGUUCCCCGUCCCUACCAUCUUUGAAGGCAGCUCUGAAGAAGAAGAGAAUGAAUUCCUACGGAUCCAGAGAAAAGAAGAGCCCCCUAAAUUCAUGCUCCUUGAAGUGACCACAGAAGGACCCCAACGGAGGGCUAAAGAGACCUCUAAUCUCUUGACACCUUCAAAUAUCCAGCACACAGUCAAGGGGGAUUCAGUGGCUGCACAGAUGAAAAACCUCACGCAGUGCGUCUGUCCAGCAGCACAAGGCCCUCCUGGUCCAAAGGGAGAGAAGGGUGACCAAGGCCCUCCAGGGCCAAGAGGACUGCCUGGGGAAAGAGGACAACUGGGUGGUGCAGGCCAACCAGGACCUCCAGGGCCUCCAGGUCUACCAGGCGUUCCGGGACCUCCAGGGCCUCUGCAGGAAACCGGCCUGCCCCUCCCAGGAAGCCCAGACUGUACUGGUGCCAUGGAUGAAAAGGGAGACACCGUCCUCCGAGGCCCUCCUGGACCACAGGGUUUGCCUGGCCUAGAAGGUACUCCUGGACUUCCAGGAUACCCAGGGCAUGAAGGCCCCCAAGGACCUCCUGGCCCCCCAGGAUUUGAAGGUCUGCAAGGAGUUCCGGGCCUUCCUGGCACACCAGGCCAGCCUGGGCCCCCCGGAUCAACGGGGCCACCAGGUAUCCCAGGGUCCCCAGGGGCAGAGGGACUUGUUGGCCCUGAGGGACAUCCGGGGCUUCCAGGCCACGUGGGCCCAUCAGGACCUCCUGGCUUCCCUGGGAAGACUGGGCCUCCAGGCGCUGAAGGUCCUCCAGGAAAGGAUGGGUUCAAGGGCCAGAAAGGGGAGAGAGGCCAGAUGGGAGAAAGGGGCCCCCAGGGUCCGCCUGGCCCCCCUGGCACAUCUGGUGAGAAUAAGUGUGAUACUGACCCGAGGCUACUUGGUUCUCCUGGUCCCAAGGGUGAAAAGGGAGACCCUGGAGAUUCGGACUGCUGCAGCUACAAGGGGGGAGUGAGUGCUGAGAUGCGUUUCCCAGACUUCAAGGGCUCGCCUGACUCCUGGGGGCCUCUUGCCCACCAGGAGAACGGUAAAGGAAGCCCAGAGCUCUAUGGCGCAAUCGUCACCCACGGCCCUCCUGGCCCACCUGGAAACCCUGGGCUUCCGGGGCCCCCGGGCCCUCCAGGACCACCAGGUGUCCUUUAUUUCAAUAGAAUGUACCCCAUCCCAGCCAGGCUACAUUGCAAGUACCCACAGACCCUGGGUCCAUCUUGGCCUACAGAUGCCGACUUGCCUCCGAAGGACUCCGCGGAUGGAAACCAGAAUGGAUUAAAGCGCUCCACCUUUGUUUUCAAGUCUAAAGAGCUGAUGUUCAAGUCCGCCUCCUCCAUCCCCGAAGGCAGCUUGGUCUACGUCAGCGAAGGGAGCGGCGCUUUCUUCCGUACUCCCAAAGGAUGGAGCAAGAUUAUGUUGGAGGAUUCGGACUAUCUGUUUGCCGCAGAUGACCCUUCAGUGCCUACAGAAAGAAACCAGGAGCGUUUGAAGCAGAGAGACCAGGUCACCAUACCCACCACAGCUUCCCAUGUGACACCUCUCAUAAGAUCUGCAGCCAGGCUGGUCCAAAGGAAUGAAGUCCGAGCUACAACUGAAAUUGCACCAACUACCAUCUCCAAGAGAAUCCCUUCACUCCGCCUAGUGGCACUCAACAUCCCUCUGAACGGCAACAUGAACGGGAUCCGGGGUGCUGACUUGCAGUGCCAUCGGCAAGCGCAAGAGGCACAGCUCUAUGGAACUUUCCGGGCCUUCCUAGCCGCGCCAACUCAGGAUCUAGUCUCGAUUGUAAAAAGAACAGACAGAAAUCGGCCUGUCGUCAACCUGAAGGGUGAGCUGUUGGCCAAGAGCUGGAAUUCCCUUUUCAGUGACGAUGGUGCUCUCUACUUCAACACCCUGCACGUUCCCAUCUACAGCUUCAGUGGCCAUAAUGUUAUGAUCGAUCCAACGUGGCCCCAAAAGGCAGCUUGGCAUGGCACAAAGCAACAGGGAGGCCAGUCGCAAAAUCACAACUGUCAGAAUUGGCGGUCAGCGUCCAACCAAUCAGAAGGCUUCGCCUCAUCCCCAGCGAAGGGCACCUUCCUCACAGAGGGCACACACAGCUGCUCUGACCCCCUGAUCGUUCUGUGCAUGGAAAACGCCUCCCGGUAUCUGCACAUGUGGUGAACAUGGUAUCGGAUUGACAAGGACCGUUGGAAGAAUCUGGUUGUUGCCAUGCCUCGACUGGGACGAGUGAAAGAAGUCCCUCAAAUGCUGAAGCGGGAAGUGCAGACAGUUGUUUCUCCACGCCGCCUUUGGAAAAGAAGCGCAUGAGGAAAUGACACUGUGUAUGGCCUCUGUUGCAUCAAUGUUCUCUGUGCAACCUCUCUAGCAAUCGCAUCUCAUGCUAGCUGAGUGGCAAAACGUGCUUGUGUCCUUCACUGCCUAUGUCAAAACGUGCCUGAUGCCCUUUUGCCCCACUGAAAUUCCAUGUCCUGGACUAUUUGUGGCAGAUUGCCUGUGGAGAUGUACCUCUAAAUGAUGGGGUCCGUACAGUGGCAUUACUUUCAAGCGAAUUCCCACACACUGCAGCGAAUUCCCACACACUGCAGUGCAAUUCUAAACCAAGCUUAUGCCCUUCUAAACCCAGUAACUUCAGCAGACUUAGAAAGCUGUAACUCUGCCUAGGAUUACACUGCUAGUCAUAUUUAUGUGCCAUUAGCAGAGUUGUAAAGCUGCAAUACUGCAGUUCAAGCUCUGCUCGCGAUCUGAGUUUGAUCCCGGUGGAAGCUGGGUUCAGGUAGCUGGCUCAAGGUUGACUCAGCCUUCCAUCCUUCCGAGGUCAGUCAAAUGAGUACCCAGCUUCCUGGGAGCAAAGUGUAGAUGACUGGGGAAGGCAGUGGCAAAUCAUCCCAUAAAAAGUCUGCCAAGAAAACGUCGUGAUGUGACAUCACCCCAUAGGUUGGUAACGACUCGGUGCUUGCACAGGGGGCUACCUUUACCUUUAGGUGUGAAAUGAGACCAAAACCUUGGCCCAGGGCACUUACAGGCAACGAAUCCAUGAAAUCCAGUCCCAUUGUCUCAGCAACAGGUCCACAUUCCCAUUGAAUUCCAUCGUAUUAAUUUUGUUUUGAGCGGUAUGUUUUUGCAUUAGCUGCCUUUUUCGUAGAACAGGGUUAUCUCAAAACUAGGUGUCUUUAGCCGUCUUUUUUGGUAACAGAAUAAAAUAUCUCAAAACUAAUAAGAAAGAAA